UACUUGCUUGAAGUGUCAAAAUGAACGAAAUUGUCGUUUGAAGUGAAGUAAACAGUAUGGAUAUUUGCCAAUUGAGAAUUUCUUAAAAUAUGGUUAUAUUAUUAUAAUCAAACCUUGGAUUAACAGUGUUUAAUAAAACGGCCCAAUAAUGUGGCCAAUGCUUCUAAACAUGACGCACGACGAAUGUCGUCGAACGCUUCGCAGACUUGAAUUGGAAGCCUACUCGAAUAUGAUCAGUGUGUUUAGAGCACAAGGGGCUUUGGAAGACAACAGAAAAAAGUUGCUUGAGGAACUGCGCGCCGUUUUGCAUAUUAGCAGCGAUCGUCACAGCGCGGAGGCGCGACGCGUCUCUAAUGACGAGGUGUUGGCUACUAUUGCACAUCAGUUAACAGGUCCAAACACAGGAUUAGGAUGGAUCAGCGAAGGCAGAAGAAGAGUGCCCCUGAUGCCUCGCGGCAUUCCACAGACCGCCUACACAGAGAUUGCGGAUAGAGCAGCGGAAGCCAUCAAGGAGGAAAACAAAGAAAUCUUGAAGAAAUUAGAAGCUGACAAGUUGGUGGCUCCUAAAUCUAGUGAAGAGGAGUUGCCGGACCCCGAGGGAGAAACGGCAGAGGGUGCUCUGCAGACGAAUGAGAUGAUGGACGAGAUGCUAUACCCUCCUAUUGCUAUGGAAGAUCAAACUUCUAAACUUUGGGAAACUGAGCUUGUCAACCGAAAAAGAAAAGUACCCGAAGGUGGAUCAAUACCGGAUGAUUCCACAAUACCAGUGAAAAAUAUGAGGAACAUCCCAGCUAACACGAAUCAGAAACAUCUUAACCUGUCACAGAUUUACUCGAAAUAUUCACAGCCUGCUACAAGUAAAUCAUCAGGGCAAUCAAAACACUCCUACAACCAAGUGAGCAAAGUGUCCACAAGCAAAUCAAGUCACCCACACCAACCACGGGCCCACAAACACCGCUCGCACAAGCAUAAGGCUCCAAACCAGCGCCAGCCCAAGAAGGCACAGGAGAUCCCAGGCUCCCCCGGCAAGCGUUACCCGCCUGACUAUGCCGGACCACCGGGCACUUUCCAGGCUACAUAUGCUCAGUCAGUACUCGGCGGCAAAACCAAGCCAGACUACAUGGAUGAACUCAAGCCCAAAGUGCUCUCCUCACCUGGCAUGCUCACAGACUCCCCGACCAUGGCGCUGCUGACCCAGCCGGCUACAGUCCCGCACGAACUUGGCGUGUCCGACAGCCCCGACCCUGCCUCCUUCCAAGCACAAACCCCAGUAUCCAAACACGGCGCGCCCAAACCUCACCAACUCCUACUAAAAGGCCGCCGGCCGGAACCACCCGCAGAUAAGAAACCACCCGAAAUGAAAAUCCUACAGAAACCAGAGGGAAUCAAAGUCCUCUCGAACCGUCAGGUGGUCGUCGCGCCGAGCUCUACUCAAAAGGCGAUUAAUCCGGCUGGAAAAAUCGUCACUACCAAGCUGAUAGGGCCCGUCACCAAACAGGCAACGCCGGCACCCAUGUCUGACAAGAUGAUCGUAGUAUCCAAACCUCCAGACCAUAAGAAUUUGAAUUCUAAGAUAAUCAUAACCUCGUCCGCUAUGCGCACGCCUAGUAAGGAUUCGGCACCGGUUGCGCCGCGCACGGAAACGUUUACGCCUAAAGGCAUCCCCGCCACCGACUUAAAAGUAUCCGCCAAAACCUUUGUCCUAAACCAAAAACCCGGUCAAAAGAUGGUCGUGUUACCCGCCAAGUCGCGGACGAAAACGGGGUCGGAGGUCCAGCUGCCGCUCUUGCAUUUCAAAGGGAUUCCGACUGGUAUGAAGUUGGUCCCGGUCAGUUCCCAAUCGCUCACUCAAGCCACUAAAUCGCCUGCCGUAACUGUCGUGUCGAAACCAGCUAGCGCGGUAAGCACGCCAGCACCAGUCACAAAGGUAGUAGGCGCGGAGACCAUCAAAACCGCCAAUUUGGCCGACAUUGUCCCAGUGAAAGGACUCACCCCAGUAUCCACCACCAAAAUCUCUAACCCUAUUGUAAGACCCGCGAGCGCAAAAGGCAGCGUCAUCGUCGUGCAAAAAGGCGCGACGAUAGGUAAAGCUUUAUCGUUUACCAAAAACGGUAACGACAUGUCCAAAAUAAUCAUGGGUAAGAACGUGAACCAGCUGUUACAAGCCUCCAAGCCAGAGCAGACGGAAGCUAGCAAGUGUCCGGGAAACGUGAUCGUUCUCGAGUUAAACAAUGAUCAGUCAGGCCGGACGACGACUAUGUCGGAGAUCUUGGACAGUCGAGGCAGCGCGGCUCGCCUUUCCGACGAAAGCAAAAAAUCCCAGGCGAUAACUCAGGACACACCAGUUUUGUUCGAUUCCCAAAUGUCAGAGGAGACGUGUAACGCGAGCAUAGAUUCCGCAUCAGAGAGUAUAGGCGAUAUCGGACCUAUUGAAGAGUCUGGUUUAAGCAUUAUAAAAGAUGAAGACGCCAAAUGUAACUUUAACAAAGAGGGCGCGAAGGAUUCUUCGAGCGUUACCGACUGGGAGAUGGAACUCGACACGGUGUCGAGAAAAGGAAAGGACGAGGAAGACAAACUGAAUUCUCUACACCUAGACCUGGGCAUGUCCAGCGACAGUGACAGCGAGUACAUGGUCGACAACCGGAAGGCGAAGGCGAAGCACUCGCAAGAGACGAUACAACGGGCGACGCCCAGUGGGGAAAGGAGCGAAAUGUACAGUUCUAGCGCAAUGUCAAAAGCGACGCGAACGUUACUCAGCCAGCUCCAAGACGAGGGUUCAUCGAGCAACGACUCGUCGUUCGCGCUCAAAUCUAAAAGCGCGGUGAAAAACCCAGCGGAGGCGGACGCUCUCACGGUCGCCAAAGAAAAGUUGUCGGAGAAAGUGGCCGAGGCGCGGUCGCGCCACAGACGCAUAGACGUGUUCAGUACCGCUAUCAGUACCAACGAUAUGAGCCUCGACGAGUUCCCGUAUCUAGAGGAGAGCAUCAUGGCGGACGACGAGCCGAGCCCGUCCGACAACAAACAGUGAAACAGACACUUUUAAGACAUAUAAUGUGAUGUGUGAAGUGAUAGGCGAGGGGUAAACUUUGUAUGACGUUUUUUUGUAAUUUAUUCUGUGAAAUCAUUGACAGUUUUGGCCGGUCUAUUUUGUGACAAUGUAUUACACGUCUAUUCCCUUGGAAUAAAGAGGCUUAGUAAUUCGAAAUUAUUCGAAUUCAAAUCUCAUUUCCAUAAUGUAAGGUGCGUUGGGAUAAGAUUGAAAGCGUUUUUCAUGAGGGGUAAGAUCGCUUCGGCAUUCGGACGAUUUUUUGUCUAACCCCUCAUGAAAAACCCUCUCAAUCUUACCCCAAUCCACUUUACAGCGUUUUAUAGGAAUGAGUUGCACACUUGUUCUUAUAAAAUCUUGAAUUGUUUGAUAGCCCUUGCAUUUAACGGUAUUUUUUCAGAAAUAUAUCAACCGCCACUAUAUUUAAUAUACUUGUGUUGGUAUAUUUUUGGAGAUAACUAUAUACAUAAUUAUCUGUUAAUGUUUGUAGAUAAAUAUAUAUUACUCAGUAUGUAUACAAUAGUAUCGCACUGCAUGAAACGACUGAUUUUCGCCAAUAACCCUGAAUCAAAGAUCAUUUAUUAGGUAGAUUCCAUGCGUCUGCGUUUACUACCUUUAGUACCUUUACUCAUGCAAAUAAAAAAUACUAAUAUCAAUCAAAGUUGAGCUACAGGUGUACGCUCACAGCGACGUAUUUUCGAGUAAAAAUGUGUUUCCGAGUCUUCAUUAGCUUCAUAAUGCGCUCUGAAAUCAACUUAUUAUUAUCCACUGUAGUUGCAAAUAAGGUAGGUAAUUUGUUUAUUCAAAUUGCCUACUCUAUACCUAUUUACAUAAAUUCAUUGCUAUUCAAAAUAGUUUACAUGAAAUCUUUUUACUUAAUUAACUUACGCGGUAAAUGAAGAUCGAUUGUGGUCAGUAAUAAAAAUAAUAUUAGAAAAAGAAGCGCGCCGGCGGUGUUCGUAACUAUGAAAUUACCUAGUUUAAUCACAAAAAUUGUUGAGUCAUUUCGACGAGGCAUAAGAAUAUUGCUACUUAGGCAAAAAACGCUAGAUAAGUAUCACGUGAAAAAAAGGGUAACAAGAUAGGUGUUAGUUAAUACCUGUGAUAUUUGAGAGAAGUUUCGGACCUACUAACAUUAACACGUUUACGGAGGAUAAAACUAAGCCAGGCGGUUAGUGCUAAUUUAAACCACCAGGCUCCAGUACUAGGCGUUACUAGUGGCACUGGCAAUCGCACACCCCCUUAUGAAUUAAAUUGUUUGCAAUACAAAUGCCCUGAUAUGUUACGUUGUCCAUGUGGGUGGAUCUUUCGAGAUUCUUGUUUGAUUGUAUAUUUUAACACUUCGUAUGCUUAUGUCAAAAAUUGCCUACUGAAUUAAUAACCUUGAAACUGUAAAUGGGCGUUAUCUACAAUAUAUAUUAAAAACCUGAUUCUCACAGAUCCUGAUGUUUUUGGGCUCAUUCUACUCAGAAUCACUACCAUAUUCAAUUCUGAUGAUUAAAAAAAUGUCCCAAAAAUUUGUAAUUGUAAUUUGUAAUUUAUUUGCUAGAAUCGUGGUUAACACAGAUGUUACAUCGAAUAUUAGUCCAGCACAAUUCUACAUUCCGCUACGUCACGCACAUACAAAUUUCAAACUAAAACGUGACGUAAUGUAAUGGACAUUUUGGGUCAUCUUUUUUUAAUAGCAGGGUGGAGAAUCCUGUCGAGUCCGAGUAGAAUGAGCCCAAGAAUGUCCAGAUUUGAAAGAAUCAGGUUUUCAAUAUUUAUUUUAGAAAACGCCUAAAUUACAGUCCAAAUUUGUGUGCUUAGAAUUCGUUAAAACUCACCGUCUUAUGGGUUGAAUUUUAACAAAUCUUUUUUAGAAGAGUUUUCCAACAUUUAAAUCGUUAUUUGUUUAACCCCUCGUGCUAAUAUUGAUAUCCGAGCAAGCGAAAGAUUUCAAAAAACACUACACUAACGCGAGGAAAAUGUCAUGUGGAUAAAGUGCAACUAUCUUAUCAGUUUUUGACGAUUAAAGUUUCAAGUUCCUACCUUCAAGAUCUUGAGUGUUAUCUGUCAAUAUCAAAGUUAGAGAACUGAUGUUUAGUUAGGUAUACUUACUUUGAUUACAGCGAGAUUAUUUUCAUUUACGCUCAUUGGUCUGAUUUUAAAAACAAUUUGGCACAUGUAUGUACAAUCGAUUGCACCGUGAAUAUAUUAAUGAAAUAAACUAAAUCACCUCGAAAUAAAAUUGAUUUUUUUGCCCAUGUGCCCGGUUGCACAAACGUUAAAUUUACGUGUUUUUAAUAAACAGUUGCACGUUGUGCGCUCUCUGGUUGCAAAACAUAUCUGCUUCAACAUUCAGAUAAUACCUUUAGUAAGGUUAAAACCUUUUGAACGCCAGACGGCGAAGGAAUAUGCCGUGUCCCGGACGCCAGGCGAUCGCGAUUAUUUAAGCGAAAUUGAACUUUACUGAGUCCCGCGUAAGUCCCUAUUACAUUGACGAAGCUGUCGGCUGUAGCCGUCGUUGGCGUCCUUGGCAAGACAUUCCGAUGGCGGCCACAGCCGACUGUGGCGAUCAAAA